AUGUCGUCGACACUGCACGCGGACACCGCGCCGCACACUGGCCGGCUCGCGCACCUUCUCAAAUCGUACACGUCGACACAUCCCCUCCGUUCCCCCAGCCCAUUACCCCCCAGCAGUCGCUUCGGGACCAACACGACCCAGCGCUCGGCACCCCCGACAUCGGCGUCCCCUCUCCUCUGGACUCUCUCGACAUGGAUCGCGUUCGCCCAGUUUUCCAUGGCCAAGGGCCUCCACAUUGUCUGGUCACUUUUGAAGCACCUCCUCUUCGGUCCUCAGCGCCCGUCGUGGGGCUACCGCAUGACACUUAUCACAUCCUUUAUGCGAAACGUCGGCAAUUACACCGACUUUGCAGACAUUGUCCUCCUCCGCCAUCUCAUUUCCAUCACAUACUUUAUCCCGCUCCCCGCGGACGCGGUUGUGACACCCAUCACAUUCCUCGUCCCCAAGCGCAAGCCCGCGGACGCGUGUAGGGGAUUCUUACGUGAAUGGGAUAUUCAAGAGACAGGCACGCGCGAGCUCACAGGAGAGUGGGUUGUCGGCAACGAUGUGUGGAAGCGUCUCAAGUCCGAGCGCCGCGCGCGUUGGCAUGGUGAGAUGCGCCGUCGCACUCAUGCAGGCCCGUCCCGGCUCCGUGACGACGCGUCCGCUAUGUCGAGCCCCAUGGCGAGCGUGAGGGGCAUGUCGGUCGAACAGGGGCGCUCGACGCCCGAACCCGAGCUCGAGGUUGAGGCUGCCACGACUACCGGCCGUCGUGAACGUGUCAUCUACUAUGUCCAUGGCGGCGCGUACUAUGUGGGCAACGCCGCUACCCACCGCCUCGUGACGAUUGGUAUCAGCAAGGCUUGCAACGCGAGGGUCUUUGCGAUUACCUACCGCCUCGCCCCAGAGUUUACGUUUCCGCUGCCUCUCCUCGACGUAGUCCAGGGUUAUCUCCGCCUCCUCGCUCCUCCCCUCUCCAUCCCGCCGGAGAACAUUAUCGUCAUGGGCGACUCGGCCGGUGGAGGUCUGUGUCUCGCCCUCAUGAUGUACCUCCGCGACAAUGGUUACCCCAUGCCCGCUGGUGCCUGUCUCAUGUCACCUUGGGUCGAUCUCACCAUGUCGUGCGGAUCUUGGGAUGAGAACAGUGAAUACGAUGUCAUCUGUGUUCCUCACGCGGAAGACCACCUCAACCCCGUUGGCUGCUACCUCGGUCCUAAGGGCAUCGCGGCGUACUUGACCCACCCAUACGCCUCACCACUCUUUGGUGACUUGUCGAACCUGCCGCCACUCCUGAUUCAGUCCGGCGACUCGGAGGUCCUCCGUGACGAGAUCACGCUUCUCGCUCACAAGGCCACCCUCGCCGGCGUGCCCGUCACCCACGAGCUGUACGAAGACAUGGUCCACGUGUUCCAAAUGUUCACCUGGCUGCCCGCUACACAUGCGGCUAUCAACAGCAUUGGACGUUGGGUUCGCCAGACUCUUCCGCGCAUCGAGUGGGAGCAGCGUCAGUUUGCCGAGAUGGAGGCGGCAGCUGAGGAGAACGACCAGUGGGCGGCUGAACAUGACGCGCCUGAGGAUGGCGAGCAGACAUUGCGUCCUUCGCCUGCGCCUUCCCCCAGUGCGACUCUCGAGUCUGUCGCUGCUGUCGCUGGCACCCGCACACCCCGUACGAGCGCCCCCAGUAUCGAUGUCGACUCGUUGCCGCCAGGCGCCACGGUUCUGCCAUCCUCAGUCGACCCACGCCGCGCAUCUGCCAUUCAUGUGCAGUCGGCGUUGGAGCAGGACGCUUCGCUUCACUCCCCGAGCCCGCGUCCUCCCAUGCGCCGCGCCAACACGACUACGCCCUUGCACUCUACAACCGUAUCACCCGACGACCCCAGCGGUCUUCCUUCCCCGCGCGCGUCGCUCCGCCGUCGUCGCACACACGCCAACCUUGCGCUCCACAUGUCUUCCUCCCCCGUCUCACCCGCUGGAGGUCUCCCAAGCAACCCCACCUCUCCAUCACCGAGCGUUCGUCGUCGCCUCCGUGCGCCAUCUAUCGGGUCGCACCCCACGACACCAAGCACCCGUACCCGCAGCCAGUCCCACUCGGACAUCUUCCACCUCGUCGAGGGAUACCUCGAGGACGGAGCUGCAAACGCUACGGUCCUGUACACCCCCGGCGGCGAGAUUCGCAGUGUCGGCGUGCUUGGUGAUGAUGAGGAUGAGGAGUAUGUCGACUAG